AUGAAACUCAAUAUCUCAUAUCCGGCGACCGGAUGUCAGAAACUACUGGACAUCGAUGACGAGAAGAAGGUCCGUAUCUUUUACGAUAAGCGUAUGGGACAGGAGGUGGAGGCGGACUCGUUGGGUGACGAGUGGGCCGGUUAUGUGGUCCGCAUCUCCGGCGGUAACGACAAGCAGGGCUUCCCUAUGAAACAGGGAGUACUGACCAAUGCUCGCGUCCGCCUAUUGCUGUCGGCCGGACACUCGUGCUAUCGCCCGCGCCGUACGGGUGAACGCAAACGCAAGUCUGUCAGAGGAUGUAUUGUCGACUCCAAUCUUAGUGUCUUGUCUUUGGUUGUCGUCCAGAAAGGCGAGAAAGAGAUCCCCGGCUUGACUGACAACACAAUUCCGCGUCGAUUGGGACCGAAGAGAGCCAACAAAAUCCGAAAGCUAUUUAAUUUAUCAAAAGAG